CACGGAGCGCGCGCGGAGGAGGGGCUCGUGCCAAGUUCCUGACAGUUCGCGCACUCCGGUUUAAAGACCAGCAUCAUAGUCACUGCAAAGACCACCCGAAUGAACUUACACAGCGUGUGAAGAACUAAAAGAAAAAAGAAGGGUAGUCGAAGUCAAGCCGAGGAUUUGUUUCGGACGUUUGGACGGCGUUUUUGAGAAUCUGUGGUGGCGCGCAGGCGGAGCGGCGCGCGCUCAUCAUCGGCUCAGCAGAGCUGUCAUGCUGCCUAAAGUCGAGUCAGAAUAUCUGGGACUCGCUCGAUCGCAUGGGGAACAGGGGCAUAUGCCUGGAAACAUGCAAGCCCCACAGUUUAAAAUGAUGGACUACUCCUACGACGAAGACUUGGAUGAGAUGUGUCCAGUGUGCGGAGACAAGGUGUCCGGAUAUCACUAUGGGUUGCUGACCUGUGAGAGCUGUAAGGGCUUCUUCAAGCGCACGGUGCAGAACAACAAGCGCUACACAUGUAUAGAGAACCAGAGCUGUCAAAUAGACAAGACCCAGCGGAAACGUUGCCCCUACUGUCGCUUCCAGAAGUGCCUCACAGUCGGCAUGAAACUGGAGGCUGUGAGAGCCGAUCGAAUGAGAGGAGGUCGCAACAAGUUCGGCCCCAUGUACAAGCGAGACCGGGCGCUCAAGCAACAGAAGAAAGCCUUGAUCCGGGCCAACGGACUCAAGCUGGAGGCCAUGACUCAAGUCAUGCAAACCGUCCCAGCAGACCUCACCAUUACCUCUGCCAUUCAGAACAUCCAUUCUGCCUCCAAGGGGCUUCCACUGAGCCACCAUCACCACCACCACCACCAUCACCACCACCACAGCUCUUCCAGCGCAGGCCUGCCACCUGCAGACUUUGACCGCAGCCCCUUCGUCACUUCACCAGUCAGCAUGGCCAUGCCACCUCAUGCCGGAGGACUGCAAGGCUACCAGGCGUAUGGUCACUUCCAGAGCCGCACUAUCAAAUCAGAGUAUCCCGACCCCUACACAAGCUCGCCAGAGUCCCUCAUGGGCUACCCUUACGUAGAAGCUUACGCAGGCGGAUCGCCGCCCUCCUUCCCUCACUUAGUGGUGGAGCUGCUCAAGUGUGAGCCAGACGAGCCCCAGGUGCAAGCCAAGAUCCUUGCGUACCUGCAGCAGGAACAGGCCAGUCGAGGCAAGCAUGAGAAACUCAACACUUUCGGCCUAAUGUGCAAGAUGGCUGACCAGACACUGUUCUCCAUUGUAGAAUGGGCCAGGAGCAGCAUCUUCUUCCGGGAACUAAAGGUUGACGACCAAAUGAAGCUUCUCCAGAACUGCUGGAGCGAACUCCUCAUCCUGGACCACGUUUUUCGGCAGGUGAUGCACGCCAAAGAAGGCUCCAUCCUCCUGGUCACGGGGCAACAGGUGGAUUACGCUCUAAUUGCCUCCCAAGCCGGUGCCACGCUCAACAACCUCCUGAGUCACGCGCAGGAGCUGGUGAGCAAACUGCGAUCCCUCCAGCUGGACCAGAGGGAGUUUGUCUGCCUCAAGUUCCUGGUGCUGUUCAGCUUGGACGUGAAGAACCUGGAGAACUUCCACCUGGUGGAGAGCGUGCAGGAGCAGGUCAACGCGGCACUGCUGGACUACGUGAUGUGCAAUUACCCUCAGCAGACAGACAAGUUCGGCCAGCUGCUGCUGCGGCUGCCGGAGAUCCGCGCCAUCAGCCUGCAGGCCGAGGAGUACCUGUACUACAAACACCUGAACGGAGACGUGCCCUGUAAUAAUCUUCUUAUAGAGAUGCUGCACGCCAAACGUGCCUGAGAACUGGCCGUGUCUCCAAACACUCAUCCCGCGCACACACACUCUGCUCCAGCACCACCUCAGUCCAGCAUCAUACACACAUAGCCUUCCAGAUACCUAAUGAGUGCGAGAUGUGCACCGAAUGCAUGGGUUUGCGCUGGGUGGACAUUCUGGAUCUGAAAAGCUGAAUGGGUUGGGCUCAAUGCUUUUCUGCUGGAGAUGCCAGUGUUUAAUGACCUCUAGGCUGUGGAGUUGUUCAAGUGUUAAACUGGAAGCAGUCCUUAUUUGUUUCUGUGUGCAGCUGAUCCAAACAUCCACUUUACAGUCAGACUUAAGGAAAGACUGAGUUUUCCAGCGGUGACCUGAAGUUUGGCCGUUUGGUCCUUCUUUGUCUGUUUUAAGGCACACAAGCUGGGCCCGAGCCUGUACGUGGAUGAGGAUGGACAAUUAGCCAUUGCCUGCAUCUGCGCCAAUAAUGAAGACUUUAUUCCAACCCCUCACCAAAAAACUCAACAAAACAAAGUGUUUCUCCUUUCAAAUUGGCAGUUGUGUCUUCUUAAUCACUCUGAGGCUGCUUUUUGACAACAUUGCUUCUGCAAAUGUGAAGAAAAAAAUGCGAAAGUCACAAAAACUGUCAAGAAUUUGUCUGCGUUUUAUAUGAAAGUCUUGAAAUAUAAAUGAGAAAUUAUAGUUUGAGCAGGAUAAGGAUGUCUACUAUCAAAAUUGUUAUUUAUUUCAAUUGUAAAGUACAUUUUGUCCUAAAAAUUACUUAUAAAUUUGAAGAUGCCAAUGUGAAAUCUUAAUGUGUGAUGGAAAAAAAAGCGCAAUUGUUAUUAUAUGGGAUUAUAUAAAUAGAUGUGUUUUAAUGAACUAUUUAAAAUUACAAUUAAGAUUUUUUUAUUGACAGUAUAAUGAUGAAAACUUUUUCACACCAUUAUAAUUAAACGAUUUAUGAUAAAACUGAGUUUUUGGAGGAAAUUUUUAACAAUUUUAACAUUAGUUUAAAUAAUCAUGAAAUUAAUUUUAAAGCCACGUUAAUUGUCAUGAGGCAAAUUUAAAUAAUUAAAUAUUUUGUUUGUUGAAAAUCUGAAAAAUCUGAAUCUUAAAGUAGAAAAUCUGGAUGUAUAAAUGAUAAAUUAUAAUAAAAAUGAGAAUUAAUAAUUAACAAUUUUAUUAUUACUUAAAAAAUAAUAAAAAUAAAAAAAAAUACAAAAUUAAUAUAAAAAUUUAAAUAAAAAGAAUUUGACAUUUAAGUGUGCAAAAGCAUAAAUGAUUAACGAAUGGACAAAUAAACUAUAUCAAAAUAAUCUAAUUUAAAACCGCAUGAUAACAUUUACCUCACAACACACCUUUUUCCCAUUAUUUGUUGUAGUAUUUUUUAUUCAACAUUUUGCUGAUAAACAAACAAGAUCAAAAUGCAGUCUCAGAGUGAAGAUGAAGAAACGCCACCUUCAUCAACACAAGACCAAAGCCUGCAGAGAAGUAAAAAAGACGAAAAAAGAAGAAAAAAAUACAACCUUAACUAUCAGUAUUAAUAAUUUGUGAUGUCACAGUCAUGUGAGUCUUGCCUUAUUUCAUUUCCAUGCUAGCUAACCGUGCUGAUGUGAAUUACGAUAUGUAAAAUAAAAAGUACAUAUAUAUAAAGUAUUAAUGUUAUACAAUUGAUAAAGAAAUAAGAGGUGUUUACAUUCAUGUGGUCAUGUGGGAGAUUACUGUGAUGCGUUCAAUUGCAAAGCAAUGAUUUCGUAGAAAAACUAAAAAACGAAACGGUCAGAAAAGAUUAUAUUCCUCUUGUUUGCUUUCUUAGGUGUGUACAGUUUUCAUCUUUCUUGACCAGUACUUAAUUAUGUCGCGAGACACUAAAUCAGAGAGGAAUCUCACUUAAUACUGAGUUUCGAAAUGUUUUUUUGGUAACAUUUUGUUGUAUUGUGCUGGCUUAUUUCUGUGGACACCUGUUUUUACGUUCUACGUUUGAAAUGUACGUCACUGGUUAAGCUUAAUUUAUUGUUUUUGGCCUCAUGACUCAAUGUAUUUGUUUACUGUAGCACGUUUUCUUUUCUUUUUUUAAUGUAGAUAUGAGAUGCAGUUACGGAGUUAAAUGGUGAUUGAGUGAUUGGCAUUAAACGACCAUCAGUCCUGUCACUGUAAAAUAUCAAGAGCUGUACUGACGUGACUGACUGGUGCAUCUUUUCUAAUGAAUGUUUUCAUGAUAGCGUCUGUGUUCUUAUACCAAAGACAGCGUCUGUCCUUCACCUGUACUUACCUGUUUGCUUCACAAUGAACGGAUGAGAGCUUUCAUAC